AUGAUGGCCAUACCACCACCGUUGACAACAUACGAUAACGAUAUCGAUAUUCUCUUAAGUCAAAUGACUGAUGAAGACAAAAUUGGUCAAAUGACUCAAAUAGCAAUUGAUCUAAUACUUAAAGAUCCAAGUAAACCGUGGAAUGAAAUUGAAGUCGAUCCAGUUAAAUUGAAAACAGCCAUUCAAAAUUAUAAGAUCGGUUCAAUAUUUAGUGUGGCUGCUACUGGUGCAUAUAGUCUUGAACAAUGGCACGAUAUCAUUGGAAAAAUUCAAGAUGAAUCAUCGAAAACAUCAUUGAAAAUUCCAGUUUUGUACGGUAUUGAUUCGAUUCAUGGUGCUAAUUUCGUUCGAAAUUCUGUCCUAUUUCCACAAGCAAUUGCUCUAGCUGCAACAUUUAAUACGACUAUGGUACGUGAAAUCGGUAAAAUUGUCGCACGUCAAACACGUGCUGCUGGAAUUCCGUGGGUUUUUCAUCCUCAAGUCGAUAUUGGUCGGCAAAAAUUAUGGCCUCGAUUGUGGGAAACCUAUGGCGAAGAUGUAAAACUUGUUAAAGAUAUGGGUCGUGCGUAUACAGAAAGUAUGCAAGGUGAUGAUCUGAAAUCGCUCGUGACAGUGGCUGCUUGCUUGAAAAGUUUUGUUGGCUAUAGUCAUCCACAAUCAGGUCGCGAUCGAACACCUGCAUGGAUUGAUGAACGUCAAAUGCAAGAAUAUUUCUUACCACCAUUUGAGGAAAGUAUUCGAGCUGGUGCUGUUUCAGUAAUGAUUAAUCCUGGAGAUGUGAAUGGUAUACCUGGUCAUGCCAAUUAUCAUUUAAUGACGGAAAUUCUCAAAGAAAAAUAUCAAUUUGAAGGAUUUGCACUUUCCGAUUGGGAAGAUAUCAUACGACUUCAUACUGUUUAUCAUACUGCUGAUACACCUAAAGAAGCUGUUCGUCAGGCGAUCAUGGCUGGAGUUGAUAUGAGUAUGGUUCCUUUAGAUUUUUCAUUCUUUGAUCUUGCACUCGAAGGUAUCAAAGAUGGUUCAAUAUCAAUAUCUCGAAUAGACGAUGCCGUACGACGUAUACUUCGAGUAAAAUAUGCACUAGGUCUUUUUGAUGGAAGAAAUGCUUGGCCUGAUAUUUCAACAAUCAAUACUUUUAGCAAUCAGAUAUUCGAUCAAAUUAAUCUUCAAGCAGCACAUGAAGUGAUUACAUUACUCAAGAAUGAUAACAACACAUUGCCUUUAAUAGAAGCUAAGAUCACUUCGGACACCAAAUUAUUGAUUACUGGUCCUACGGCGGAUGUACUAACUUCACUCAAUGGUGGAUGGUCAUAUACAUGGCAAGGAAAUGAUCAAUCAAUCUAUCCAACUAAUUUUACAAAUAAGACAAUUCUUGAAUCGAUCAAACGAUAUCUGGGUACAUCAAAGGUUGAAUAUAUCAAUAGUACAACAUUCGAUCAGAUAGUUGAUAUGAGUAAAGUUCUGGAUGCAUCUGUAAAUGCUAGUUAUAUCUUGGUAUGUCUUGGAGAACAGGCGUAUACCGAAACACCAGGCAAUAUUAAUGAUUUGAUAUUGGACGACGCUCAGUUACAAUUAGUUGAACAGUUGCACAAUCGAACAGAUAAACCAAUCAUUACAAUAUUGGUUGAAGGUCGACCAAGAAUCAUACGUCGUAUUGUUGAAUUAUCUUCAGCUAUUGUUAUGAUGUACUUACCAGGCAUGGAAGGUGGUCAAGCUCUUGUCGAUGUUCUCUUUGGGAAAUAUAAUCCAAGUGGACGUUUACCGAUCACUUAUCCAAAAUACAACCACCAUCUAUCAACCUACGAUUAUCAAUGGUGUGAAACUUCUCUUGGCAAUAAUAUUGAUGUUGAAUUUGAAUUUGGCCAUGGAUUGAGUUACACAACAUUUGUUUAUGAAAAUCUAGUCCUUUCACCUUCACCUAUACUUCUAUGGGAUGAACAACUUUCGAUUAGCAUAGUCGUACGCAAUACUGGUUCAGUCAUUGGCGAUCAUACAGUGCUUCUAUUCAUAAGUGAUCUUUAUCGUUCGGUAACACCACCUAAUAAAGAAUUGAAAGAUGAAGCAACUUUUAUACGUGACACCAACCUUACCUUAGAUGGUAAAGUUAUAUUUACCGGGAAUUCAUCUACACCCAUUGAGCCAGAUGCAAUAUUAACAAUAGAAUUACAAGGCAGAUCACAUGUUGGUGCGCAAGCAAAAGUUAUUACAAGCGGAGCCGGUCGAAUUACUGCAUUCCCAGUACAAUUCAGAUUAAAUUAUUACUUAAGCCAAAUUGAUGUCAGACAUAUAUAUUCAUUACAUGCUAUUAUUAGAAAUAAAAAUAAUGAAUUAUUAUAUAUGAGUGAUGAUCAUAUCAUUACAGUGCCACUUAGUACCGAUAAACACACAUCAAUCGUAAUUCCUGUUAAACUUAUCAAACAGAAAAUAUCUGUGUCUAAUAAACAUGAAUGGCCCGAAUUAAUUUGUAGAAGUGGCCAAGAUGCAGUUGACAUUAUUAAACGAGAAACAGGCAAUAUUCUGAUAUAG